AUGCCGCCAAAAGCCAUGCUCUUGCUGAAGAAGAAGCGUUACCAAGAGCAACUCCUAGAUAAAACGGAAAACCAAAUCAGCAACUUGGAGCGGAUGGUCCAGGAUAUUGAAUUCACCCAGAUUGAAAUGAAGGUCAUCGAGGGCCUGAAAAUAGGCAACGAAUGUCUGAACAAAAUGCACCAGGUUAUGUCGAUAGAAGAAGUCGAAAGAAUAAUGGAUGAAACCCAAGAGGCUGUGGAGUACCAGAGGCAAAUAGAUGAGAUUCUGGCAGGCAGCCUGACGGAGGAAGAUGAAGAUGCCAUUCUAGAAGAAUUAAAUGCUAUUACUCAGGAACAAAUGGAGCUUCCAGAAGUUCCUUCUGAGCCACUCCCAGAAAAGGUCCCAGAAGCCUCACCCAUCAAGAACAGGCCAAAACCAGAACUGGUGGCAGCAUCUUAACUCCCACUUCUGGGGAUUCCCCCCACACACCUUUCACCCAGGACAGUUUGCCAUCCCGGCGUGUGCUGGGAACAAGCAAUGCCUUGGCAGCAUCCCAGCUGUGCUGGGCGGAUUGUGGAGCAGGAUUCCCUGUGCAGGGUGGGGAACCUCAGCUGAUUAUUGCUCUUGUAUCAAGAUUGUUUUCUAGUGUUUUUGUUUUUUGUAACUUAAAUUCUAAACUCAUUCAGCUGCGCUGUCUUGGGAUUAAACAACAACUCUAAACCUUCCGAAGCCAAA